ACAUCGAACGGCAUCCAUUGCUGUGUCGCAUAAAAGGUCUGAAGUUUGAACAGUCCGAGUGUUCAGUCCCAAGGGUUUUCCCGGGAGGUUUUAUCAAAAUGGCGAAUUCCAUUUCAUCAAUCACAAAUCCAAUAUUUCUCGACUCACUCACCGAAACCUCCGCCCACGAAAUCGCCGAAUGCUACUCCGCCUUCUGCGCCGCCACCGAAACCCUCCUCGGCGGCGCCGGCGACCUCUCUGUCGGCCCGGAGCUCGCAUCCCACGUCCACCGCCUCUGCGACCACGGCCUCGAGUCCCUCGUCCGCGACCACUUCCUCGCCGCGCUCGAGAGGACCUUCCAGAACAACGGCGCCUCCAAAUUCUGGCGCCAUUUCGACGCGCCGCCGCGCCACGCCGUUUCCAUCGGCGAAGCCCUGGAGGAGAUCUCGCUGGAAAAGCAGUACCAGGAGAAGUGCUUGCUCAUUCUGGUUCACGCUCUACAGACUUAUAAAGGAGGAAGAACAAGAAGAAACCUUGAUUCCGAUGACGUCAGCAAGGAGCUGUUUGCUAGGUACCAAUUGUCAGUGUCCUCGGUUCUGAUGGCGACUCUACCCCGGAAGUUUCCAGAGAUACUCAAGUGGUAUUUCAAGGGGAGAUUGGAGGAACUGAGUAGUGUAAUGGCCGGAGACGAGCCUCGGGACGACGAGGAUGGAGAUGAUAGGGAUGAUAUGGAGUUGGAUGAAUGCUAUCCCCAAGGGAGGUUGUUUGGUAAUGAUAAUAAAUUGGUGAACAACAUUGGCCGGGUUGUACAUGAUUUGAGGAGUCUUGGAUUCACUUCUAUGACCGAGGAUGCGUAUGCGUCUGCUAUAUUUUUGUUUCUGAAGGACAAAGUUCAUGACCUUGCUGGUGAUGAUUACCGGGUUUCUGUUUUGGAGUCUAUUAAGGGGUGGAUACAGGCUGUGCCUCUUCAGUUCUUGCAUGCUCUACUUGCUUUUCUUGGUGAUUCUGUCAGUUACGAAAGUGCAUCAUCCGGUCUCAAGUCACCUUUGACCAAAUGCCCUGCUUCAUUCUAUCCUGGAAUUGAUACUCCAUCUGAAGGUCUCGUUAGAUGGCAGUUACGACUAGAGUAUUUCGCUUAUGAAACAUUGCAAGAUUUGAGAAUAGCAAAAUUAUUUGAGAUUAUUGUGGAUUAUCCUGACAGCUCUCCUGCGAUUGAAGAUUUGAAACAGUGUCUUGAAUACACUGGGCAACAUUCCAAGCUUGUGGAGUCAUUUAUUUCCGCACUACAAUAUCGCUUGCUCACGGCAGGUGCCUCGACAAAUGACAUUUUGCAUCAAUAUGUUUCAACAAUUAAAGCACUCAGGACGAUAGAUCCAGCAGGUGUUUUCCUUGAAGCAGUCAGUGAGCCAAUAAGGGACUAUUUAAGAGGGAGGAAAGACACCAUAAAGUGCAUUGUGACCAUGCUUACUGAUGGUACUGGUGCAAAUCCUAAUGUAUCUGGAAACACUGGGGAUAGCCUUCUUGAAGAGUUAAAUAGAGAUGAAGAAAGCCAAGAGAACAUUGCUCCUGAGGAUGAUUUUCAUACUGAUGACAAGCAAGCUUGGAUCAAUGCUUCACGCUGGGAGCCCGACCCGGUAGAAGCUGACCCCUUGAAAGGUAGCAGGAAUCGAAGGAAGGUUGACAUACUUGGAAUGAUUGUUGGCAUAAUUGGUUCACAAGACCAACUUGUUAAUGAAUAUCGUGUUAUGCUGGCUGAAAAGCUUCUUAACAAAUCUGAUUAUGACAUUGAUUCAGAAAUACGUACUCUUGAACUCCUCAAGAUACAUUUUGGGGAGAACAGCAUGCAGAAAUGUGAAAUUAUGCUCAAUGAUCUGAUUGGUUCUAAGAGGAUCAACACCAAUAUUAAAGCAACCAUAGCUCAGCCAUCUCAUACAGAUGUAGAUGCAGGGGGUGAGCUGGGGAAUACCAGGGUAUCCAUGGAUAUACUUGAUGCUACUAUAAUCUCUUCAAAUUUCUGGCCUCCAAUCCAGGAUGAAUCCUUAAACAUACCUGGGCCUGUUGAUCAACUACUCACUGAUUAUGCAAAAAGAUUCAAUGAAAUCAAGACCCCUCGUAAGCUAUUGUGGAAGAAGAAUCUGGGUACUGUCAAGUUGGAAUUGCAAUUUGAAGAUAGAGAAAUACAGUUCAUGGUUGCUCCUCUUCAUGCAGCAAUUAUAAUGCAAUUUCAAGAUCAGAAAAGCUGGACCUCCAAAGAUCUUGCAGCUGCAGUUGGGGUUCCAGUAGAUAUACUUAAUCGGAGGAUCAGUUUUUGGAUAAGCAAGGGAAUUCUUGCAGAAUCAGUUGGGAAAGACACUGAUGACCAUGAGUUUACCCUAAUGGAAGGGAUGAUUGACAGUUGCAGAAACACUGCAACUGAUGGGAACUGCGAGGAUCUUAUAGUUGGUGAUGAGGAAGGAGAGAGUUCUGUCACCUCUGUAGAGGAUCAACUCCGCAAGGAAAUGACUGUAUAUGAGAAAUUUAUUUUAGGGAUGCUCACAAACUUUGGAAGCAUGGCUUUGGAUCGAAUUCAUAAUACUCUCAAGAUGUUCUGCAUAGCUGAUCCCACGUAUGACAAAACCCUCCAGCAGCUUCAAGGUUUCUUAUCAGGUCUAGUUUCUGAAGAAAAAUUAGAACUAAGAGAUGGCAUGUACUUUUUGAAGAAGUAAUAAACCUGACACUCCCCAGUAAAAACUGAAGUUGGAUACACCAAAUGAGAUUUACUUUCAAGUUUGGAAUGUAUUCAUUCACUCAUUGUAUGGUUGCAAUGUCAAGGCGAGAUUGCUAAUCUGUAGGAGAGAUUGCCAGAUAUCACUGGUCACAUAUGCAAGUACUCGUAUGAUUGAGGUGCUAUUUGACAAGUCAUAUUCUGGAGUAGCGAGAUAUGUCUAUGGAAGAUUUGGUGAGCUAUUCUGACUUCUGAAGACGGUUCAUUUUUCAGUGUACUUUUAUACUCUGUAAAAUGAUGAUUUGCACGUUGGUAGGCAUGCCUGAAACUCUGGAAUGCCGGAAAUAGUGGUACUUGCUAACCAUUUUACCAUAAGAAUUCAUUGUAUAAUCCAAAGCAUUUCCAGCACAA